AUGUGGUUAAAUGCUAUUACCUUGUUAUUGGCAUACCCGAAGUAUGCAAGAUCUGAAAGCUUGAAUCCAGGAUGUGUAAAUCCUGAAUUGCAUGAAGCUUCUCAAACUUCAUCCUCAAUUUCGUCGCAGUACAACGAAACCUCACGUGGACGUCCGACAACUACUGCAGCUCCAUACGCAUUCUCAAACUCGUCAACAUUAGGACUUUCCGCGAUGAUUCAUGAUGUGUGCACGCAUUGGACCCUAGAAAGCUCAAAUGAUCAUUUAAGCCCGAGUUUCAGACCCGUCGCAACAUUUCCUUGCAGCUCAGGCGCUUCUGCUCAUUCCUACUCAGCCUUAACAACACCAACUGCCCCGCUGAAUAUUACUGUCCCCAGCACGACAUUCCAAACCCUCACAACUACCACCCUUUCCCAUGAUAGCCCCUACAAUCACACCUCCACAGACCAGAUUUCAAGCUUCUCAGUCAAUGUGACAGCGAGUUUCGAAUCUGAGAGGAUUCGAGUCACUUCAGAAAUGUCGAGUUUGUCAUGGGUGUGGUCUUCUAUGACGGCGCAUAAAUAUGAUGAGAAGAGUUCUACAACGUCCUCUUCUAAUCCACCCUCGACUUCUACAACAUCUGCUUCGACAGCAUCUUCUUCGACAACGUCUGCUUCGACGACCACCACCUCGCUGUCAGGCAUCACAUUGACUUCCACCACAGCUACUUCGAGCAAUAGUCAUACAACCACAAUAAAGCAAGCAGAUACUUAUACUAAGGGUCAGAUAAGGUGA